AUGCGCGCUCGCCCGAGAACUAGUGCUCAGUUUUCGAUCGUUUCCGGGGUGCAUCUGAUAGCGGUAGCCGAUAGUAGAUUAGUGUAUGCUGUCGCUAUAAUCGAAAGAGAGAGUGCUGUGUGAGAGCACGUGAAAGCGUUCAACCACCUGCCCAGAAGGAGAUUCUACAAGGAACCAUAAAUAAACAAAACACCGGUGGGGGUCAUAAAAAGGGGGAGACCCACACGCACACUUCCUGCGCGCUUACAAGAUCGCGUGUACAGUGUUUCGCUCGCCAGAGGUUUUCCUAUAGCGGACCGUUUCACACACCAUCAGAGAAGCGUGUUGGGGCCAGGAGAUGCGCAUGUCCCGGAGUGGCCACCCAUCGGAUCAGCUGUCAAAACCACGGUCGGUCCGUUGUCCGUUUCGGCGGCGGCGAGCAGCAGCAGCUUCAGCCGAACAGCAGCAGCACCACCCGUGCGCCCGUCCGUUCUCCCUGCCACACCAUCAUCCGCGUUAUCCACUUCGAAUCCGCGGUUGCAAGGCCUUCGCUGUCGUGGUGCGUUGUCAGUGUGCAAACGGAAGCGGACCAGAGUGAACCCGGGUACUCCGUUCCGCUAGGCAUAGGUCCUUUGAAUCCUUCGUCCUUUCAUCGUCGCAUUAUUGUGUUCUGCAAAAUUGUGUUCGGAAUGUUCGCUAGUUCAGCGCAACGGUAACUAGAAAAAAAAAACCGACCAUUAUGUAGGAAAAGGAUACGACCGACGCAAUUCUGCAGCACACAGCAGGAUACUGAAGGAUCAAAAUGCACACUGAUCCAUGACCACACAUCGAUACCGCUUAGUGUGAUAAUCAAUAUCGAGUCCGCGCAGCAGCAGCAGCAGUAGCACGCGAUAUUCGGGAACGCGAGCAACAGCGUGUCGUCGUUAGUCUACGCGCCGUCACACCGGAGUGUGGAAGGCACUAGGAGCAGCACUCUUCCGCUAGCGCUAGAAGAUGGUACUACCGUUCAACACAACCGAGGCCAAUUCGGGCCGUGCUGCGACCGUCGCGAUAACCGCCGCGGUACAGCCUACCGCGCCAUCGAUGGCCGCCCUACUCGCCCCGCUGGAAACGGUCCGAAGUAGAACGCUUGACUUUAGCAAUCCGAUGGCCACCGGUACAUCGCCAGUGGACUACGAGCAGUUUGUGGAUUUCCUGCUGCUCGGCAACAAGGAGAACUAUCUGGUCCGGGCCGAGCGAAAGGCCAUCCUGGACUCGAACACCGUCCUAGCGCAGCUCGUAAGCACCAGUGGCACCGGCAAAUCCGUUGUGCGUGAUGUGGAUCGCACGAAUUUCGAGCUUUUCGUACGGUAUCUCGAGACAAAGUUUAUUAAAUUCACUUCACCAACGCACACACUGGAGAUGCUGGAGCUGGCCACACGCUACCAAUGUCGCCAGCUCGAGAUCCACUGCGUCAAGGAGCUGGACCUAAAUCUGCAGACCGAGCACGUGCUCGAGGUGUACCGUGCGAUCUGGUUCUACAACUCCAUUGCCCCGCCAAAAGCUGCCCCACAGGAACGUACACCCCGACGCCGAUGCUGUCCGACGGGGCGCCGAAAGGGCGACACGGAAACGGGCAACGGUCCAGUGACACCGGAGGAGUACUUUACGGCACUGCUCACCAACUGCCUGCAGCUGAUCGAUAUGGCAGCGGAAGAGGUGCUAACGCAGGAUGCCAUGCUUUCACUGCGCUUUCCCGAGCUUGAGAUGAUUGUGCGACGCGACGCACUCCAGCUGUCCUCGGAAGCCGUACUGGUCGAUUUGCUGGCCCGCUGGAGUCUGGAGGAUUGCAAACGCAAAGGGGUGGAUCCGACGGCCGAAAACCGACGUCGUGCCCUCGGGGCACUGUGCUACGCGCCUCGCUAUCUCACAAUGACACGCCAAGAGUUCGAUAGUGCGAACGAGCGGAUGGAGCUGCUCGAUCCCGUCGAAUCGCAGCUCGUCGGUGAGCUACUGUCGUCCGGCAAUAGCAAGGGAGCAAGGACACGGCUGGCCGGUAAUGCUGGUGGUGGUGGUGGUGGUGAUGGUGCAGGUAAUCUUACGCCCGAACAGCAGGCGCUGGUCGCACGCUUUCAAGCACCACGGCCUGCUUUUCCCAUGCUGCCAAUUCAUCUCAGCCAACGUAGCCAUCCGCGCAACUAUCCGAAAAAGAUGCGUAAAGCGGCCGCCGAUGCCGAGCGUGCGGAACGACGAAAGAGCGAUGGGCUGCUGCUCAAUUGCAUCUCCGUGUUCGCGUGCAUCUUCGGCUAGCGGUGCUGCCUGUAGGGUGGGUGGCAAGUACAUGAUGUGGAUGUCCUCCCUUCCUACAGCGGCGAUAGCGAGCAAAAGGCCAUCCAAUGACUUCUCAAUCCAAUAAUCUCUCUCACUCCACCUCCACCUGCACAGCCUGCCGGCCGAAUGCGCGUAAGCCACGUGGUUUGGACCAAGGGCAGCAGCACAUGCGCGCCAUAUCUGUGUAUUCCUGUUGUUUAAGCUAAUUCUCUGUUAACGGCAUAGACUCAUCUGUUGCAUUGCUAAGAUUGAUUAGCGUAAGUAUAGAGCCAAAGUGCAUCCAGUGGAGGAAUUUCGUUUCGGUAUCUCUUUCGGUACAAAUUUGUUCUUUGUCACUCACGCUAGAAAGCCAUAAAUUAUGGGCAUUUCGCACAAAGCCUCACUUCAUUGUGCGAAGGUCACACGACGUUUUGUUAAAGCUUUGGUACGUAAUUUGUUAGGAAAAUUUCGAUUUGAUAGUAGUUUUAAUAACAAUCUCAAAUCAAGCCUUACGCCUGUUAUCAACUGCCCCCAAAAACGAAACAGCAUUACAAUAGCGCAAGAUGAUGAUUUCCGGAGUGACGACCCAUCGGUGUUACCCAUUAUCACACCACGCGUGCCAUCGAUAGUCAAAGACGAAUCAAACAACAAACAGUUUUAUGUUAAAAUAUUGUUCAAAGCGUAGGUACACUAUGUUGGAAUGUUCUCUAGUACUCAGAAUCGGAUUAUCAGCCAGGAACCGUACGGCUAGGAGUAUUCUGUUGUGUUUAGGCGUUU